AUGCCCCCGUCCACGGUCGGGGGUAGCUUAGCUGACGGCCGAUAUCAAGUGGUCGACAAGCUCGGGUACGGGGGUUACGCGACGAUAUGGCUCGCCCGUGAUCUGCGGACAGGCAGAUACGUCGCCGUGAAGACGAUGACCGCUGACGCAAGCAAUGACACGCCGGACGCUACGCUUCUACACUCUCUCGGGCCAUUGCCACCUCGACCAGGAAAGGAAGUUUUCCCACCCCUCUUGGACGAAUUCUGGGCUGCUAGUCCCAAUGGACAGCAUCGAUGCAUCGCCACUCCCCCGGCACGCAUGGGCUUGUUCGAUGCCAAGGAGGCUUCAACCUUCGGUCUGUUUCGGCCCAGGGUCGCGCAAGCGAUGAUCGCCCAGCUCAUUCGCGGGGUCUCGUUCCUCCACAGUCUGGGGUUUGUACAUGGCGAUCUGCAUCUAGGGAAUAUCCUUGUUCAGUUUCCCAGGUCCCUUGACUGUAUCGCCCCCUCAGAACUGUACGAGCGGUACGGCGAGCCCGAGUCCGAAGAGGUGGUUCGUCUCGACGACAAGCCCUUAUCAGAUAGUGUUCCCGCGCGCGUGUUCAUUCCCGGGUGGUUUGGCGUUUGCAGUGAUGACCUCCCUCUCGGCGAGGAGCAGAUCACGCUCAGCGACUUCGGGGAAUCCUUCAAGCCCCGCGAAACGGCGAGGACCGCCUCCAAAACCCUGCCGCUCCUUCCACCCCCCGAGGCGAGGUUUUCCGACGAGCCGCUCUCCUUCGCCUCGGACAUCUGGACGCUCGCUUGUACCAUUUGGGAAAUUCUCGCGCAACGGCCGCUGUUCGAGACGUUCUUUUCGAGUCCGGAUCGUGUGACGGCGGAGCAGUGGUGGGCGAAGUGGAGCAGAAGACUGGACUGGUUUGAUGAAGAGGGGAGAUUGGAUCUGGUGAAGACGGGGAGGGCUGGGCCCGGUGGUGGGUGUAGGUCCUGGGAGCGGAGGUUUGAGGAUAGUAUCCAGACGCCGCGGGCUGAGGUGGGUUUCGAACGCGUGACGGAGGAGGAGAGGGCGGCGUUUCUGGGUAUGUUGCGUGGGAUGUUAGCUUUUCGGGCUGGGGAGAGAAGCACGGCGCGAGAGGUUUUGGAGUCGAGGUGGAUGGGGGGGUGGGGGAUUCCGGCUUCGGAGGAGAGUUGGGGGGGUUUCGGGCACGAAGGUGGAAAAGAAAUGAGACAGAUCACCCAUUGCGCCUACAGCCAUUCAGGCGAGCCGCCGUUGCGGCCACGGGCUUCCCACGCUACGCCCUGA